AUGAAGUCCAUGAUUGCUAUCACCUUCCUCGGACUCAUUGCCGCCGCCAUGGCUGGCUUCGGUGGUCUGGGCUUCGGUGGUCUGGGCUACGGAGGCCUUGGCUAUGGAGGUCUUGGCUACGGCGGACUGGGCUAUGGCGGAUUGGGCUAUGGCGGACUGGGCUAUGGCGGCCUUGGCUACGGAUACAGGGGAAUCCCCGUUGGACGAUUCUUUACUUACGGAUCCAGCAUCAAGCACGGAUUCCCCAUCGGUAUUGGUUACGGCGGCUUCGGCGGAUUUGGCGGCGAUCUUAUGCAGCACUUUGUUGCUGCCGUUUUCUUCGCCCUCGUGGCUAGUGCUAUGGCUGGCUACUUUGGCUACGGCCACGGCUAUGGCGGCUAUGGUGGCUACGGCGGCUACGGCGGAUAUGGUGGAUAUGGUGGAUACGGUGGUUACGGUGGUUACGGCUACGGAUACCCCGUUGGACGCGCUUUCGCCUAUGGAUCCCAUAUCAAUCACGGCCACGGAUACGGUCAUGGCUACGGUCACGGUUACGGUGGCUACGGCUACGGUCUUGGACCCGGCGCCUACGGAGGAGGCUAUGGAGGAGGAUACGGCGGCGGAUUUGGGGGCUAUGGAGGCUAUGGCGGAUUCGGUUUCCCUGUCAACCGUGCCUUCUCUUAUACCACUAAGGUGAACCACGGAGGUUACGGAGGCUAUGGAGGUUUCGGAGGCUUCAAGCACGGAUUCUACGGCUGA